AGAUCUAUCUAAGCUCAGCUAGCUAGCUGUAAGUUGGUGUUAGAACUAUAGCCUCCGCUGCAACUGUACUGGGGAUUUGGCAUUAUGAGUUGGGACGUUAUUGCACUCGAUUUUGGUAGCGAAGAAACCGCUAACUUUGGAACUCGUCAAGAGUCAGGGACGGCUCUUUUCCAAGUGCAGACUUUGGCUACAAUUUCCAAUUCAAGUCAUGAAACGGUCACUCGCCUUCCUCAUGUCACAGCAUCCGGCUCUCAGGCUGGUAUGUGUGUUACAGCAGAUACAAAUGCUUCUUUGUUCAAUGACGGUUGCCAGGCCCUGAGCGCCGCUCUAAGUUUUGAGUCUGUGAUAGAACUCGCAGCUUGGGCAAAUGACCUGCCAUUCUUGAUCCUUGCUGAACGAAACGGAACUGUCCAUGUGUACCAAAGUGGCUUGAACAGGCUUCUCAUCUCACAGACACUACUGGAAAGAAGCGAGGAUGAAUUGGACAGUGUCUGUUUUAAACAGAUCAGCAUUACGGAGGAUACGGAAGGUAAACAUGUUAUUCUGCUGUUAGCAUCAACAAGCAUGCUAUUCAGGCUGUCCAAUGUAGACCUGAGGAAACUUCACGACGUGAUCCAGAAUGGAGACUUAGCAUCUGCCAAACAGCUGCAAGGAGAGAUUGCUUUGGACGAAACAGAUUUGUCUGCUGUCCACGAGGAAGGUGUCACUGACCUAGCAACCAUUGUUGUGGGUGGACAGAUACAUAUUGUGACUGCAGGUGGAGGUGACUAUGUUUUGGCCAUUUGGAAAUGUCAGAAGCGGAUAACUGUUCGCCGAAGACUGAAGAAAAAUAUGUUCAUGGCUGGAGAACAACUCAUCAAAUGUGUUGUCAGUGGGAAAUACAUCUUUACUUUAGAUGAUGAGCAUAAAUUGUGUUGUUGGAAUGCUUCUCUAAUACUUGUGUGUUCAUGGCCGCUGAAAGUGAGGGACUUCUUCCUUACUGCUGACAACAACAACAGUGAGGCAAAACCCCAAUUCCAGCUUGUGAUGUUGACGGUCCCGGACAAAAAUGAAAGUAACUUGAAAGUCUACGACCUUCCCAGCAUGCAGUGCACCUACACACUCUCCGUCGGUCCUCUCUCCGUGCUAGCAGACACACCAAACAAUCAGGACUCCAUCUUCCUGGUAGAAGGGCGCAAUGAAGAUGAGGAUGGUUCCAGCACGGUCGGUAUGUUGAUGGUACGAUGUCUGAUGGAGGCGCUACCUGAGACUCGUUUUCAUCGUCUCCUGCACAAGAAGGAGUUUGAUGAAGCGGAGAAGUUUGCCAAGCUUUUCAGCCUCAACACUGAACUUGUCUACCGAAGCAAGGCCUUGGCCCUUCUAGAGCAAGCAUCAUCCUGGAGCCCUGCCGCCCUACGAGGGAGCCCUGUAGGGGAUGAUAACAAGCUGUGCGGGGACAUGAUGGCAUGCCUAGAGAAGAUCGCUGAUGUUGAGUUUGUGGUUGAUGUCUGCUCCAAGGCUGCCAUGCCUGCCUUUGAAGACACGGCAAAAAUCCUGCAAUAUGCUAGGACUAGAACAAAGAGUUGA